UUACUCACUUUCUUCAAUUCUCUCUUUUCUGAUCAGUCAAACAAAUCCAAAACAAAAGAAGAAGAAAGAAAGAGUAGAGUCUGGGUCAAGUCUUGUUGAGGCAAUCUGAGAAUUCAAUUCCGAACGUAUCCUGAAAUCCAGAACAGAUUUCUCGUUUCCCCUCGUCGGAUUGCGAGGCGGAGAAGUUGCAGAAGUUUUGGCCUUGGGUUUGCUUUUUUUUUUUUUGUUCUAAAAUUUUAGGUUGGAUUGGUAGAAGCAUGGGGGCAGUGUGUCCAGGAGGAACGGCGCGGAGUAGAUCCGUGGUUCACCAUGAGAGAAGUUCAGGGCGGCCGAGGAAGAGUAAGGCAAGGAAGAAUUAUGAGGGCAAUGAAGAUAUGGAUGCCUCUGGGGAAAUGCAGAAUCUUUAUGAUUCUGGUGAAUUGAGCUUCUCUGGGGAGUUGAAGCCCUCCACUCCUGCAAGAUUUGGGGCUGCUAACAUGGCAUGUCAAGCGAGCUCGUUUCUUGGAAAAGCUAGCAUAGUUGGCCUAGAGAAGGCGGUAGAAGUUAUAGACACAUUAGGCUGCAGUGUGACGAAUUUGAACAACAGUGGGUUUAUUUUCGUUAUGGGAUCGAAAGGGAAUGGAAUAUCUAUACUGGCAUUCGAGGUUGCUAAUACCAUCACCAAAGCCGUAAACUUAUUGCAAUCUCUAUCUAAAGAAAACAUCCAGUACUUGAAAGAUGAAAUCUUACGUUCCAAAUCCGUACAAGAAUUGGUCUCUACUGAUAAGAAGGAGCUGCUCAGUAUAGCUGCUGCUGACAAAAGGGUGGAAUUUAAAGUUUUCUCCCAAGAAGUAGUGAGAUUUGGAAAUAUGUGUAAAGACCCGCAAUGGCACAACCUUGAUCGGUAUUUCUCAACGUUGGAUUCUAACCCUGUAAGCCAUGAACAAUUCAGAGAGGAGGCUGAUAUGACUAUGCAAGAAUUGGUGACUCUCGCUCAGCAUACUUCUGAAUUGUAUCACGAGUUCCAUUCUUUGGACCGAUUUGAGCAAGACUAUCGGAAGAAAAUUGUGGAAUUAGACUCUUUAAGCCUACCUCGAAAAGGGGAGAGUCUCAUGAUGUUUCACAGUGAUCUAAAACAUCAAAGAAAACUCGUGAGGGGAUUGAAGAAGAAAUCCCUUUGGUCGAAAAGUCUGGAAGAGGUUGUCGAGAAGCUUGUGGAUAUCGUGAUCUUCAUUCAUCAAGAGAUCUUGGAAGCAUUUGGAGAUGGUGGAUUGAUGCGUGUGGGCAAGGAGCCUGCAAAGAAACGAGAAAGAUUAGGCGUGGCUGGUCUUGCUUUACAUUACGCUAACCUAAUCACUAAAAUAGAUAACAUUGCCUUACGCCCUACUUCUCUUUCUCCGGGUGCGAGGGAUGCAUUGUAUAACGCUUUACCACCUGCUGUAAAAACAGCUCUUCGUUCUCGGCUACAGGCACCAGAUAUGAAGAAGGAGCUCACAGUUGCUCAAAUCAAAGCUGAAAUGGAGAAGACGCUCGAGUGGCUUGUUCCAGUAGCUACUGAUACAACAAAAGCGCAUCAAGGAUUUGGAUGGGUUGGAGAGUGGGCACAAAACGGAAACGAGCUUCUGGAGAAGAAGGGAGGAACCAAGAAUAGCUUCAUCCAUUUACAGACGCUUUACCAUGCAGACAAAACCAAAAUGGACUCUCUCAUCCUCGAACUCGUGGCAUUCCUUCAUCGUCUCAUCACCCUCGUGAAACUCAACGAGUCGAGGGCUCUGCCCGCGAGAUCACCCACGCACAAAAGCCUCGCUCUGCACAUUGAAACGCCCAACGCAGCCCAGCUUUCUCUGGACGAUAUAAACCUUCUGGAAGAAGUCACGAGAAGGAGAAAGCUUAUGGCUCCUGGAAGAAGCAAGAGCCAAGAAUUCUCGGCCCCCGAGAAGGGAAGGAAUCAGGCUCGGGCGCUGAUCAGCAGAAGCGCUGGCAGCUCUCCUCGUGCAAAGAUCGAACGCCCAAAGGCGAAUGCUAAUGCAUUGGAUAUUCUUGAUGGGUUACAUUCAAGGUAUUGAGUUCUUUGAUAACAUAGAGAGAUCAAACAUUGAUUUUUUCAUUAAAUUCUGUACUUUAGGAUGAUUUUGGUGAUACAGAAGGUGUAUUAUGUUUAGGUUGCACAGAUCAAUUGUAUGUCCCAUCCCGUCGCGGAGUAGUUUAGGACUGGCUCACGGGUUUUAACCACUCCGUGAUUCAGAACUGACUCACGCGUUUUGGCCAUCUUGACAGCCUUAAUUGUAUA